UUGUAGGCGGCGGCAAUGGCGGAGUAAAGACUCGAUCUUUGCAGCGUCUUCAUGCGAUACGAAGCUUAUCUUCGCUUCUGAAGCUUUCUGCUUCGCCUCUUCCUGUUCAUCGGCGGACUGAGUGGGCUGGAACCCAAAUAGGGUUACAUUGAUCCAAUUCCCACAAAUAUGUCGAUGUUGGUUUCGAGCACUAUCUCCUCCAUCCCUCAACUACCAAUAGUUAGAGCAGACGCUUGGUUGCAAGAGCGAACUAAACACUUGCCCUCGGAGCUCCGCAUGCAAUCUCAACAUCUAUACGCUCAAAGGGGAAAAGUAAAGCUCAUUGCUUCGAGUCCAGCUGGAGUGGGAUUACAACUAGAGCCUAUUGAUAGGAGAUUUGCCAAGGCUUCAGUUGGAAGGAGAUCUGCUUCAGCCAUCUGUUUUGCAGCUUUGAAUGCAAGAUGUGCUGAAGGGCAAACCCAGACUAUCACCCACAAAGCACCGACAAUUACUCAAGCACCUAUUCACGUCCAGGAGAAAUCGCCACAGCUCGACGAUGGUGGGACAGGCUUCCCGCCCCGCGAUGACGGCGAUGGUGGGGGCGGCGGUGGCGGCGGAGGCGGGAACUGGUCAGGUGGGUUUGCCUUUUUCGGCUUCCUCGCUUUCUUGGGCUUCUUAAAGGAUAAAGAAAGUGAAGGGGACUACAGGGAUGGCAGAAGAAGAUGAAACUGAGCAUGGUGAGCUUGUGAGAUGAUAACUCGGACUACCUCAACAGGAGUCCGCUUAUCCCUAUUCUUUUCCUUUUCGGCGUGUUGUUUAGCAUCCGUAGGCUCGAUUUUGUCAUCGCGUCAAGCAUACUUUGCCAAUCAUAAUAGCUUGUACCGUUGUUAACGCCGCAAUAAUUCAGAAUCAACACAAUUAAUGAUCUUUUAACAAGUA